AUCGCAAUUCUUUUGAAUAUUCCAGUUUUGUUGUUAAAACAUAUUAUAUCCAUUGAAUAGAACAAUAAAAACGAAUGUUUGUUGAUGUCGGCCAUCUUUUACUUUGAUAAUAACAUGUACUAAACGUCUAAACAGUAAACACUUAUCAUGUAAACCAAUACCAUGUGUUGUUACCGUUAUUACUUAUUACGCUAACACCAAACCAAAUGCCUUUCUUUGCGAUUUGUAGCAGUUGUAACUGCUAACACUAAUUUGUAGUUAACUGAGCGUUUACUAGUUUUUCUAAAAUAGUUAAUACUUAUUAACAAAUAGAACUUUCGUAAGAUAUUGUCGACGUAUGUCCAUUAUCGUACGUUAGACAUCGCGUCAAACGAAUUACAAGUUUGCAGUUUGCAAUUGCAGUAUAGCGUUAUAGCUGAAUAAAUCUGAUCGGCUGUCGGAAGUGUUACACCGAGUCGAGCACCUGAAACUUAAACAACACUAGAGUUAAAAAAAUCAACAAAUCGUAGCGAAAAUGAGUGACGAGGAAACACCAAAUAUCGAACCAUCUACCUCAGAGACGGCAAAUGUAGCGACCAGCUCCACGGAUAAAGCCACUGAAGACGACCAGCAAGGCCAGAGCACAUCUGUGGCUGAUCCAAAUACUGGUGCGUUGGAGGUGCCUGAAGACAAGUCUUUGGCCAAUGCUGAUGAGUAUAUCCGCUUGCGUGUUAUCACUAGUGAUAUGACCAACGAAGUACACUUUCGUGUCAAAGCCGCCACAGCCUUGGUUCGCCUGAAACGUUCAUACUGUAGCAAGUUGGGUUUUCAAGUAGAUGAGUUACGUUUUGUGUUUGAUGGUCAUCGAAUCACUGAUGAAGAUACACCAAAAUCAUUAGGCAUGAUAAAUGACGAUGUAAUUGAAAUAUACCAAGAGAGGACCGGUGGUACCUAUGUGAUCUAAACAUGUAAAGUUUAUUUUAUUUUAAUUUAUGUGUUUUUUUUACUGAAGUGUCUUAAAAAUGUUUUCUCAUCACAAAGUAAUUAUAUAAUUCUCAAACAAUAUAAUAUGUUAAUGGUGGUAUUUCAAUAACAGCAUUUUUAAUUUAAAAAAUAGGCCAAAAUAAAAUUGGUAACAGGUUACUUUACUUUUAUAUAUAAAAAAAAAAAAAAUGUUAGCUAUAAUUAUUGUCUUAAAUAAAAUUAAAUAUACAGAAUGAUCCAGGGUUACCUCAUUUUUUAUGUUUGCCUUAUGGCUUACAGGGAUCAUUCUGUAUAAUAUCCUGUAAUUUAUACUGAUUUUAUUUUAGUGAAUUGUUAAAUUAUAGUUUUGAUAAUAAAAUUUUAGCAAUCAUGUAGAAUAAUAUUAUUUAUAUGCUUUGGUACCAAAAACUAAAUAAUAAAACAAUUUAUUUUUUUAAAAGUCCUUUU